AUGCCAGGCAACAAUGAUAUCGAUGUUGGAUACACAUCCCAAAUUGCAACACGUUCAGCUAAUAUUCAACGUCAUAUAGGCAGUGGAUCGGGAGUGAUGACAAGAAUGUACCAACAGUACUCUAGCGGCGGUGGUGGACUUAGCGCUGGUAUAUCAGGUUUAGCAGCCAUAGCAGGUUUGGGUGGCGUCCCAUUACGUCCAACUCAUAAUGGAUCAGUGGUAGUUGCUUUGAAUGAAACACGAGAAAGAGAAAAACGUGAAUUAUCUCAAUUAAAUGAUAAAUUUGCUCAAUAUGUUGAAAAAGUACGAUUUCUUGAAGCACAAAAUCGUAAAUUACACUUGGAAUUGGAAGCAUUACAAAAGAGAUCAGGCCAAGGUUCAACAAAAAUAAAGGAAAUGUAUGAGAUUGAAAUGCAUGAAGCAAAAAAACUGGUUUCUGAAACCGAUCAUGAACGUCUUUCAGCUGAAGGAAAAGCUCGUCAAGCUGAAAAAGAUCUUGAAAUUUAUCGUAGAAAAUACGAUAGCAUUUUAGCUGCUCGUGACACUGAUCGGUCAUCGAUUGAUCGUCUUCAACAACAAAUAGCUGAAAAUGAAGGACAAAUCAGUUUGUUUCGUCGUCGUUUAGCUGAUCUUGAAGAUGAAGCAAAACGUUAUAAAGCUGAAACACAACGUUUAGCAUUAGAAAUAUCACGUUUACAAAGUGAAAUUCAAAAUGAAAUGAUGAUUAAAAAUACACUUGAUACAGAAAAAAUGACAUUAGAAGAUGAACUUACUCUACUUAAACAAACCCAUGAGGCUUCUUUGAUUGAACUCAAACCAACAGCUCUUGUUGGUGAAUUAGAUACAACACGUUUCUUUAAAAACGAAUUAGCACAAGCUAUUCGUGAUAUUCGUGCUCGAUUCGAAGAAGAUAGUGAACGAAAACGAGCAGAUUUGCACAGUCGUUAUACGAUGCAAUAUAAUGAACUUAUUUUAAAAUAUAAAAAGAAUGGUCUUGAACCAAUGCAAAUGGAACAACAACGAAUGCAAGAAGAAAAAAUACGAACAUCAUUAUUAACAACGCGUAAUGAAGUUGCACAUAUGAAAGCAAGAAACGAAGAAUUAAAUAAUAGAAUAAAUGAACUUCAAAUAAGUAUUAAACAAGAAAAAGCAGAUGGCGACCGAUUAAUAACUAGACGCUCUGUUGAAAUUGAAGAAUUGAGAACAAGACUAGAAAAACUACGACGAGAAUAUCAAGAAAUUUCAACUUUGAAAACAUCAUUAGAAAAAGAAAUCUUUACAUACAGAGAAUUACUUGAAGGAACAAAUAAUCGUGACGGUCUUAAACAAAUCGUUGGUCAUAUCAUGGAAGAAGCACGACGAAUUGAAUCUAGCCGAAUAGCUGAUGGACAUGUUAGCGGCGCAAUUGGUCAUGCAAGUGUCAGUAGCAGCAGCUCUCAAAUAGCUCAACGUACAUUAGUCUCAGGUUCCGCAUCAUCAAGCCAAUAUGGGUCAGCUGAACGCUUAGUCGCAAGUCCUGCCCGCGCUUCGGCUAGUUAUGGUGGUGCAUCAGGUGGUGCUAGUAGUUCAUAUUCAUAUUCAGCUUCAAGCCAUCAAGAAUAUUCAUCAUAA